AUGGACGACAAUCCAUGUGGAGUCGACAAGGUGUACGCAGAACUCACACGGCUCACGCCAACGAUGAAUAAGGUCAAAGAGGAAAACGCAGACUUGGAGGCAAUUCGAGAAAAGGACUAUCAAUUCUAUUGUCCUCAACAACACUUCAUGGAAAACGAUACCUGUCAGGCUCUGUACAACGAUGCGGAAGACGUUGAUGGUUGUUUUUCUCAUCUCGAAAACAUCAAGAAGGAAUCGAGUGAAUUCAUCGAUGUGGAUGGAUUUUCCGAGGAGAACAUAAAGGAUGGCUUUGACUUGUUCGCAAAUGUGAAGCAAGAAGUGCAUCCUUCUGAUGAACACGACGAAAUGAAGCCUCGGAUUAUCGCGAGAAAUCAACUCAAGCAUUUUCUCGAGGAGGAAUUUGGCCAAAAGGAGGGCGGAAAGUGGCGUUCACUCUUUCCAGAGUUUCCAACCUUUGAGGAGUGGUUUGAGCUUGGCGAUUUUACGAAUCGGCACAAAACGCGGGAUCAUGACUAUUGCUUGGCGAUUGAUGACACUAUCAAAUCGGUCGUUAUGGUUCAAAUGAAAGAUUUGUCAAGACAAUAUUUGUACAUUAGUGACGUGCCGACUCGUUUGCGCAACUCGUUCAUGUCAGUAAAUAGUGUCAAGGAGGAAGAUGACAAUACGUAUUGUUGCUGCUGCCACAUGUACUACCGACCUUUCUGUCUUCUUCAUCCAAUGUUUUUGAUGAGCACACCAACCAUACGUGGUUCUGACGCUAAAGCCACUUGUCCACCUUACUUGAAAAUCAAAAAGUCGAAGAUACCUGGAGCCGGACAAGGAGUGUUUGCAAAAGAGCAUUUGGCAAAGAAUCUCGUCUUUGGGCCGUAUGAAGGAGAAAUUCAUUUUAAUCGUCGACGCUCGGAUCGGAGUUCAUAUUCGUGGGAAGUCCGCAUUGGAGAACAACAUUUUUUUGUCGAUGCUCUGGAUCCAAUGAAAUCGAACUGGAUUCGUUUCAUCAACUCGUAUUCGGAGGGAUUCAAGCAGAACAUGGUCGCUUUCCAAUUUCGUUGGCGCAUCUAUUACCAAGUGAUUGCACCGAUCAAGCCGGGCGAAGAGCUCCUCGUCUUUUAUGGAGAAAAUUUCAAACUCAACAGAAAGCGAAACGCUCUU